AUGAAAGGUUGCUCAUACUGUCACCGAACGUUCCACAAGACAGAGCAUCUUCUCCGCCACGAGCGCUCUCGUAAGAUCAUCCCCACAUGGAACCGUCCCAGUCGCCAAAUUGACCCAUGCUUAGAUACGGGGGAGAAGCCAUAUCGAUGCGAUACGUGCGGUCGCGGCUAUGCACGGAGCGAUGUCCUCCUUCGUCAUGUCAGGUACUUUCAUCCAAACAGCGAUACCUCACAAAGAGAGCGCCGAAGAUCCGAUGUCUCAACGAACGAAAAGAGCCGACAGCGCCGACAAAGUGUACUGGCCGAUUCCAUCAACGUGUGUUCAAUACCACCGCCGGAGCCAGAAGAGGGAUCAGAAGGCGAGACAGAUCAGCAGGAGAAUAACCAUAUGCGUGAUAAUGGGCAGCCGCAACAGCAGGAGGACAGCUCGAUAACUGCCGAUACUUCAAUGGCGCAGUUUUCGACGUCUGACCUUGAUGCAUUGGCUACGGUAUCGAUGCUUCAAGCUCUUCACGAACAACCGACUGAAUCAACAAAGUUGGCUUUGGAAGAGUCAUUUGAUGAUCGACGGCCUGCGAACCAUUCUCCGGCUGUUGGUCAACAUGAUAAUGAACUAUCGCCGAUGAGCUUCUCACAUCAUAUGGUAGAGACUACACUGGAGACCGCUACCCCGACUUUGUUCACCGCCAAUGCCGAGUUUCUCAGUCCUGCAGUGUCGUUGAGCACCAGAGCAAAUGUCUUUCAUUCCCAUAUGGCUGCUUCGUCAGCUCCUUGGGGAAAUAAUGAAGCAUCCCUUACGUCGAUGAGCAACGCAGAUUUGUUGCAUUAUGCGGGGGCUCUAGAGCUUUUACAGCCCAAUCUCAGCCAUUUGGACUUUCUCGACUUCAGUCUCGGCGAAACUUCACCUGGCAUCCGUGGCUCACAAGCUUCGAGUAACAGCGUUGAUCCUGUCAGUAGUAUCCCACUGGAGCGCUUCGCCAGGGUAGCCGCGUUGUGGCCUAGGAACCGAACGCACUCAGCGAGUCAAAUCGCAUCCAAAGUCUGGGCGGACGUGGUAAACUAUCGAGGUGACGGUAUCUUCACAGAUGUUUCUAUUUCACAGUCGUCGCCAAGCUCGACAAUUGGCACUGAGAAUGAAUCGAGAUGGGGAAUGGAUGAAGAAAAGCGACAGGAUCUCAUUCGCGAGUUUGGUUCAUCUGGUUCCAGCGUUGACUUUCUACCAGCGAGAUUAUUAAAUCUCGGUCUCACUAUCGCCUUUCGACAGCCUCAUUCUCUCGUCCCGUUUAUACAUCAACCCACGUUUUCAGCAAAGUCAGCAUCCAACUCAGUCGUCUUCUCCUUGUGUCUUCUCGGACUAGCCAUUCUCGAUUCAUCAUAUGUGAAGCCAUUCACAGCACACUACUUGCCAGCAGCGACGGAGAAGUGUUGUUCUCAAUUGGCGGCGCCAUCCUUUGGCCCAGAGGGGUCGGCGCAGCUUGUUGAGCGUCUCGCAUCGGCGGCCUUGCUACUGAUGGCGUGGUCAAUAAGCUCGCCCCAUGGUGCUCGCGAUGCCUUCUUAUCCAGGAUGCUUUACUACCAGACCAUGAACCUCGUCAAGAUGUCAGGUUUACUGAUGCCGCGACCGUCAUCGUUCAGCAUCGAUAAUUUGCUCAGCCAAGCGAACUCGGCCAGGCUUAUUCAUGACCCAGGCCAAAGCGAUGACUGGGCAUGGAAAGCAUGGGCUCGAACGGAAAGCUUUAAAAGACUAAACACGGAGCCACUCAUCUGUACCUCCGUGGUGCAACUGGAGAUGUCGACAUCCAUCGACCUUUAUCGGUCCUCAUCAGCAAAGUCAUGGAGAAGCUGUCGUAACGCUGGCACGAGUGUAACCACAGAGCCUGCCAUAAUACGAAUGCACACUCCAACUAUAACCUUGACCCCGCUUCAAGAAACGUCGCCGAUUGGAAUGACUGGCUUGCUGUCUGUUGUCUGGGCACGCAUUCUUCAACAUCAACACCAGACUAGAGGAACAAGGGAUAUCAAUGGAGAUCAGCCUCCUGCAAGUGUUGAUGCAUCGACUGAAACUGGCAACAACAUAUUGCGUGCGCUGGGCGACAUCUACACAAACUACUCGAGGUUUCUUCGGUAUAGGAACCCCAACUGCAUCGCGCAGUGGCACUUCCUGAACCUCAACGUACUAGCCAAUCUUGAGAUCUUCGAGAUGGCCUCCGGCCGCAAUGGGGCUGAAAGUGCAUACGCUGCAUUGCAGGAGAUCUCCAACUGGAGUCAGACCCAACAUGCUCGGCGAGCCUGUCUCCACGCCGCGGGUAUCUACGUCGCCAUGAGCCGUCGAAGAGCAAACGAUGGUAUUAUGCUCCACUCCGACAUGUCUUUAUUCACAGCUGCACUCGUACUUGGACUUUAUGUCUUUAUGAUGCAACCGAACGAAGGAAAUACUGAUGCAGAUGCAGAAUCCUUUGAGUUACUCAACGAUAUCGACUGGACUAAUCUAUGUGAUCCAAUGUCGGAAGUAGACAACGCUGGAGAUAAUACUGCCAGCCAGUUUAUACAUAAUGGAGGAAGUAUUAGCUUUUCUGGAACAGUAUGUGAAGCGGGGUAUAAUGCCGCCAAGAUGAUACUGCUCGAGUUUGCGAGCUUGUUGGAAGAGGUUGGGAAGUGGAAUGCGAAAGAACUGUGUCAUAUUCUACGGAUAAUGAGCGACUCUUUGAUCGAAGUCGACGACCGUUUGAGUGGUGACUGA